AAGAUGGCGGUGUGGAUCCAGGCCCAGCAGCUCCAAGGAGAUGCUCUCCACCAGAUGCAAUCUCUGUACGGUCAGCACUUCCCUAUUGAAGUGCGGCAUUAUCUGUCCCAGUGGAUCGAGGGCCAACUCUGGGAUAACAUCGACUUGGAGAACCCGCAAGAGGAGUUCAAGGCCAAACGCUUGCUGGACGGCCUAAUCCAAGAGCUGCAGAACAAGGCGGAGCACCAGGUCGGCGAAGACGGCUUCCUCCUCAAAAUUAAACUGGGCCACUAUGCCAGCCAACUCAAGAGCACGUAUGACCGAUGUCCUCUGGAGCUGGUGCGCUGCAUCAAGCACAUCCUCUACACGGAGCAGCGGCUGGUGCGGGAGGCCACCAAUUCCAGCUCUCCAGUGGGCGGAAUGCUUGACAGCAUGUCUCAGAAGUACCAGCAGAUUAACCAAGCCUUCGAGGAGCUUCGCCUGCUCACCCAGGACACGGAAAAUGACCUGCGCAAGCUCCAGCACAACCAGGAAUACUUCAUCAUCCAGUACCAGGAGAGCCUGCGCAUCCAGGCUCAGCUGUCCAGCCUGGCCACACUGCCUCCUGCUGACAGACAGUUACGAGAGCCCACCUUGCUUAGCAAAAGAGCCACCGUGGAGGCGUGGCUGACAAGGGAGGCCAACACACUACAGAAGUACAGACUGGACCUGGCGGAGAAGCACCAGAAAACACUGCAGCUGCUGAGGAAGCAGCAGACCAUCAUCCUGGACGACGAGCUGAUCCAGUGGAAGCGACGCCAACAGCUGGCGGGCAACGGGGGCCCGCCGGAGGGGGGCAUGGACAUCCUGCAGUCUUGGUGCGAGAAGCUGGCGGAAACCAUAUGGCAGAACAGGCAGCAGAUCCGGAGAGCGGAACACCUCAGGCAACAGCUGCCCAUCCCGGGUCCCAUUGAAGACCUCCUCAAUGAACUCAACAGCACUAUCACAGACAUUAUCUCAGCCUUGGUUACAAGCACCUUCAUCAUCGAGAAACAGCCCCCGCAGGUCCUGAAGACGCAGACCAAGUUCGCAGCCACCGUGCGCUUGCUCGUCGGCGGCAAACUGAACGUGCACAUGAACCCGCCGCAGGUCAAAGCCACCAUCAUCAGCGAGCAACAAGCAAAGGCACUGCUGAAGAAUGAGAACACCAGGAACGACAGCAGCGGAGAAAUUCUCAAUAACAACUGCGUAAUGGAGUACCACCAGACGACGGGCACCCUGAGCGCGCACUUCAGGAAUAUGUCGUUGAAGAGGAUUAAACGGUCGGACAGGAGAGGAGCCGAGUCGGUCACGGAAGAGAAGUUCACCAUCCUCUUUGAGUCGCAGUUCAGCGUCGGAGGCAACGAGCUCGUCUUCCAAGUGAAGACAUUGUCACUGCCUGUUGUUGUGAUCGUCCACGGGAGUCAAGACAAUAACGCCACGGCGACAGUGCUGUGGGACAACGCUUUCGCCGAGCCUGGCCGCGUGCCUUUCCUGGUACCUGACAAGGUGAUGUGGCCUCAGUUGUGCGAAGCCAUCAACAUGAAGUACAAGGCGGAAGUGCAGAGCAACCGCGGCCUUUCUGAGGAGAACCUGGUCUUUCUGGCCCAGAAGGCUUUUGGCAACCCCAGCACCAGCGUGGAUGACGACCGCAACAUGACGAUGACCUGGUCACAGUUUAACAGAGAAAGCUUGCCGGGAAGGAACUUCACAUUUUGGCAGUGGUUCGACGGAGUGAUGGAGCUGACGAAGAAGCAUCUCAAGCCGCACUGGAAUGACGGCGCUAUCCUGGGCUUUGUGAACAAACAGCAAGCUCAGGACAUGCUGAUGUCCAAGCCCAACGGCACCUUUCUCCUGCGAUUUAGCGACUCUGAGAUCGGCGGGGUCACAAUUGCCUGGGUGGCCGAAAACCCCAACAAAGCAGGCGAGAGAAUGGUGUGGAACCUCAUGCCCUACACAACCAAAGACUUCACCAUUCGCUCUCUGGCCGACCGCAUCAGCGAUCUCAACCAUCUCCUUUUCCUCUACCCUGAUAGGCCUAAAGACGACGUCUUUUCAAAGUAUUACACCCCUCCGCUGUCCAAGGCAGUGGACGGCUACGUGAAGCCGCAAAUCAAACAAGUGGUGCCUGAGUUUACAACAGCCAAUCCGGAUCCAACAAGUGGGAAUCCGACCUAUAUGGAUCACGGUGCCUCUCCAGCGCCGGUCAAUCACCCACACGCCUAUGGAUUGUACCCACCUAUGAGCGAAUCCAUGCUGGACGCUGACGGAGACUUUGACCUGGACGACACCAUGGAUGUGGCGCGGCACGUGGAAGAGCUGCUGCGACGGCCCGUGGAGACCCACUGGGGCGGCCAACAGUCGUGA